CCGCUUGCUGAGAGCAAGUGCUUUGUGGGUGCGUGCACAUGCACACGUGUGGAGAGAUUUAUGGGAGCCAGCUAAAACGAGGUCUGACUGCAAGCUGCCCGUUGCUUCUUGCUGAGGAAGUUUUGCAUACUGGUGCUGAGAGGAGGAAGAGAGCUUGUGGGCAGAAAGCAACGGGUGACGCAGCCACCUCAUCCCAGCAGCCCUCAUGGACAAGGUCAGUUCCAUACAGCGAUGGAUUCAACCAGCUGGAGAGCCUCCUCCUGUACUCCUUCCUGGACAACUCCCAGGACUGCGCCUUCAAGGAGAAGCUGCAGACUCUGAGCUGCAGACACGCAGCCGAGUGUGCGUCCCAUAGAAGAGGCUUCUAUUCUUUUUCCGAUGAUGGAGAGCUUCAAACAGAUGGGAACCGUAGCGGCCAUUUCCAAAAUGGCGAGCCAGGUUCUGAGACGGGGGAAAUUUACCGAAUCAUUGGCGCUCAGCUGGCUGAGACUGGGGACCGGCUGGCUGCCCAGAUCGAGGCGGGACCAGUAGAUAAUCUUGUGCAGCAGUUCCUGAAUGCAAAUCUCUCCAGUGAGGAAAUAACAAGGUGUCUGUCUCAGGCAGUGGAACAGCUCCUGAAAUCCGUCCCCUCAGACAUGGACCAGGAGAGAACCAAGCUGGUGCUAGCAAUGGUUUUAGCCAAAAAAGUAGCAAACAACAUGCCAUCCCUUCUACAGCAGGUCUUCAGUACCACUGUGAAUUACAUGAACCGGUACUUCCAUGACUACAUCCGUAACAUGAUCUGACAGAGCUGGAUGAGAGAGAAGUUGGUGCCGCUCACAGGCUUGGAGGGGGUUACAGCCUAGAACUCUAAAGGACUUGUUCAAAAAGGACCACUCCUUGUGAUUGCUGUUGAGAAACCCAUUAUUCUGUUUUUAGACUUUCAUAGCGUAGCAAAGCAGCACCAGUAGUUUUAGCUGCAUGAUUGUUCUGCUGAGACAUGUAAGACUAGUGCUUGCCCUUUCUUUUUACCAAGUAUUAAAAACAGUGCUUUUUACAACAGACUCAGUGCAGGUGCAGAUCUUUAUAUCUCAGGAAAAAAUGCCAGUUGGCAUCAUGCUCACGUGUGGUUCAGCUCCAACUCCUGUGCGUGAGGGGAGGAUGUAUGUGUGAAGUCUCAGCACAUUUCCAAUGCAUUGCCAAUCAUUUGGGCUCUAAGUAGCUCCAUCGUGCUGACUUGAGGUGGGAGUGAGCAGCUAUGCUGCAAAGCCUUUCCCAGACCCUGUUUUUUCCUGAUGUUUUACUCCCCUGCGUGUUACAAGCUUUUGCAGAUAUUCACUGCUGCUGGAGCAAUUGGUGUUUCUCUUUUACCCACAGAUUUGUGCCCAGAUAAACCAAACUUCCCAAUCAAGGGAGAAGCAGGUUGUAAGAUGGUCGGACUGUAUCAGGGAGUGAACUAAGCUGCAUAUACUUGAGCAGAACAGACUUGAGCUUUAUGUGUGGCCACUUACUGUAAAGAGAGGGAAACUAGGAGGUUGGAGCUUUUUUUCAUCCUGUUAAGCAUCUCUGCUUAGCUUACUGGGAAGACACUGUCUCACCCUGAAGCAGUUCUCCAUAAGCUAGGCCACAACUUCUACACUGCCUGUAAAUACUGUCUUUAAUUUUAACUUAAAAAUAAAAUUGUCAGCUCUGCU